AUGUCGAAGCGUGGACGUGGUGGAGCAUCGGGAGCGAAAUUCCGUAUCUCGCUUGGUUUGCCCGUGGGGGCGGUGAUCAACUGUGCCGAUAAUACUGGGGCUCGGAAUCUGUUCGUUAUCGCUGUCUACGGGAUCAAGGGUCGUCUGAAUCGUUUGCCGAGUGCUGGUGUUGGCGAUAUGUUCGUUGCAUCGGUCAAAAAAGGCAAACCAGAAUUGAGGAAAAAAGUUUUGCAAGCAGUGGUAAUAAGACAGCGGAAGCACUAUCGACGAAAAGAUGGCUCAUUUAUAUACUUCGAGGAUAAUGCUGGCGUUAUCGUGAACAACAAAGGAGAAAUGAAAGGUUCGGCAAUCACAGGGCCAGUGGCCAAGGAAUGUGCCGAUCUCUGGCCGAGGAUUGCCUCAAAUGCAGGAUCGAUUGCUUGA